AGUGGGGUAACGGACAUUUGUUUAAAUGCAUUGUUUUGUUAGCUAGCUUUGUUGUGUGUUCGGUGCUGUGGUGAGAUCACAAAAUAACCAACAUGAGUAACGCCGUGUUUAUCGAUGAUUGGAACAGUAUAAUACCGUUUAAAAUCAAAGCAAUAGAUUUGGAAAAACCUACCGAACAGUUUGUGUACAAAGCGAUACUCCACUUUUUUAAACUCUUGCACUACGAUGUUUCCAGCUACGAAAACAUGUACAACGAAUCGAUCGAAACACUUACAGCCAAACGGGUGGAACUGGUAGCCAGGAUAAAUCACAUCUACCAGUUAUGUUCAGAUUCUAAACAAACGUCGUUCUUUUACAUAGAUCUCGUCAAACCAACGGGUAAAAAAAUUGUACAUCUCUUAAAAAUACUCCUUAACUACCUGUUCUACAUAAACAUGGUGAAGGAAAGUGUGCUGGAAAUGGCCAACAGUUGCGUGGAACAGUAUUGCGAGCUAAAUACCCAACUAAACCAGGAACAAAUAACGAAGGAAGAAAAUAAAAUACGUGCGAACAAUAUCAAUCGUCAUAUCGAUGACAUGAAAAAUCAGCUCCCCCAAUUAAAGCAACAAAUCGAAGCACUGCAGCAGCGCCACGAUGAGCUGCAGGAAAAUAUCGUCACGCUGAAAACGAACGACCAGGAACUGGCAGAUAAAAUUAUCAAGCUCAAAAUUGAACAUUCGGAACUAACCGAUCGCAUAGUGGCGGACGAAGAGGCCACUGCAAUGAGGGAUAUACAAAACACGCUGGAAAGAGAAAUCGAAGCACUUGCCGAAACGGAAAAGCAGCUACAGAAAACGUACGAAGUUCAUGUUGCGUCCAUCAAUGAAAUCAGACCGUGUAAUGCUCUGCUGGAGAAAAUGCUGCAGUUUGAAUUCGACGAUUCAUCCAAAAAUUUACGAAACGAGCUAGCUGAGCUGCACGCUCUGUAUGACAAGUUGCGAAAACAGCAGAACAGCUUGAUGAACAUUUCGGAUGCGUUGCAAAAAAAUUGCCAGGAAAUCGAUGCUGUAAUUGCAGAGAAAGCUCAAGAGCUGGCUGUGCGGAGAAAGGUGUUAACGAAGAGCGAUAGAAAAGCCGACAACAAACACCUGGAGAAGGAGAAACAUCUAAAAGCAUUACAGGAGACUAAUGAAAUAUUGGAACAUAUACUGGCAAUUCAAAGAUUAGAAGUGCAGAGGAUUAUUGAUGGAACUGAUAAAUCUCUCGAAAUUAUCAAGCACAAUUUGAUGCAAUAAUGCGCGUUAAGUCACAGCAUCGCCAAUUUCCCUGUUCAACAGUAUGGGGUUUUUAGUUUUUAUUCAUAAAGGAUGGCCUGGCGGUAUUGCUUAAAACUAGAUUACAAAACAGAAUACAGAAUUCACAUCGGAAUGGAGACAUUACCUUCUCCAAACCGUGAAAGGACACCUUUCAAUGAAGGGGUGAGCUCGUCCGGGGUCACAACAUUUGGAUAACGUUAAACUCCUAUUGAAUGUGGGCUUGAUCCACCGUAGUUUCUAACUUCUUCUUCUUCUUCUUUGGCAUAACGAACUCUUAGGUCAUGCCUGGCAUUUCUGGUUUACAAGACUUAAUGAUACCACGUAAUUGGAUAGUCAGUCCUCACUACGGGUGAGCGACCCACAUGGGAUUUGAUCCCCAGCCCUGCCGUGUGAAGACCGGCGCCGCUGUCGUAUCUAUCGUCGGAGCGCCCUGGAACUGCUUGCAUAGAGGUUGCUGUAUAGACUUGCACCAUUGCCAUACAAUUCUAUACCAUUCAAAGAGCCUAUUCACCGAAUAUUUUUUGUGCAAAUGAGUGAUUGGACAACUUUCCAGGUCGUAAUGCUUCUUCUUUGUUGCGAACGCAUACUAUAUUAUAUCUUUCGUUUAGUAUAAAUUCUCAUCGGAAAAUAUUAUUUUAGGAAAAAAAAAACCUUAAGUCACAGAUGGCGACCUCUUACCAUGAGAAAACGAAAGUAUGGUGCGUUAUUGGAAAUAUCAGAAAGGGGACAAUAUCCAGACAGAUGGAUGUUACUACCUUAAAAGUUAACAUUCUUCGUCCUUGGCACUGUAACCUCAAGAGGUCACGGCCUGCCACACAUUUUUGGCUUUUUGUGAAUUGUUUUUACCCGUAGCUGGAUAUAGGGAGGGAUUUGAUCGCCGGUUCUGCCAUGUGACCGCCGCCCCGGUCAUCAGACCGCCUUUAAUACGUUACGCAAGCCACCUUUUUAAUUCUGUGCAUGCCAACAUUACCAGUUUAAGGUCAUGAGUUGUAGAUAUCGUUAGCAUUGCAGCUGACUCACACGUAUGGUCACGAGUUUUGGUACUUAGAAGUAGUGAAGGAAUUAGGUUUCCAUUUGAAUGCUAUUAUAAACUUCUGAACAGACAGAGAGUAUGUAUCAUAUAAUAGUACAUCGGCCAAACAAACACUAGGAAUCCUUUCGAUCACGACGGAGCGGACAGCGACGGAAAAAGGAAGCCCAAACAUUGCCACAAAAUCUAGUACAUUGCGCCGAUUUGUGGCUUCCUCGUACCAGUUGUUGGGCAUCCAACAGCCAAUAUGGCCAAGUCCUGCUAAAAAAAAUAAAAAAAUCUCUCCUAA